AAUAAGCAAACGUGAAACCUAGUGAAAAACUUAAACCAAAAACAAACGAAAAACUAACAAGCAAACAGAAAACAGAUUAUGAAUAAAAAAUAAACAAAUUUCGAAUGCCGCCGCCAAAUUGUUCAAAAAACCAAAACAAAACAAAGCAGCUAAUCACAGCAGACAAGCAGCAGCCGUUUACGAUCUCAAUUAGCCAACUUUUGCAGCGACAGCAGCAGCAAAAAUGCUGGCCACACAGCAGCAACAGCAGCAGCAGCCACCACAGCAACAUGCAACAGCAACAGCAGCAGCAGCAGCAACAGCAUUGACGCUUGAGGAUGCGGUCAUGGAGCGACAGCGUCGUGACUCCAGCACCUCAGAGUCGUCGCUGGAGCAUCUGGAUCUGGGCCGCACGCCAAAGAAGCUGAGCAGCAACAGCGGCGCGCUGCAGCCGACGUCGACGCCAAACGUUGAGGCGUCUUCGCGGAAGCGCAAGAUGCGACAACAGCAACAGCAGCAACAGCAGCAAACAUUCGUGUACUCAGAUGAGGAGGACGAACAGCAGCAGCAGCAGCAACAGCAGCAGCAGCAGCAGCAACAGUUGCUGGAGCAGUCGGUGCAUCGCAUUCGCCACAAGCAGCGCCGCAGCGGCAAUGCAGCCGCGGCCGCUGCCAGCGCCAGCAUCGUCGUCGACUACAGCGUCGGCAGCGACGCCAGCUCGCUGCGCAAAAAGUUUCGCCUGAAUCGCAGCAGCAUCAGCGCCCACAACGGCGACCUGUCCGAGUCGGGCUUCGUCGAUGGCAGCGCGCACAGCGGCUAUUUGCUCAGCGCCAGCGCCGCAGCGCAGUCGGCAACGGCCGCGCAGCAGCAGCAGCAGCAGCAGCAACAGCAGCAGCAGCCGGGCUCGGGCAGCAGCUCGGGCGGCUCCUCGCCGCAGGGCCUGUGCCAUUCGAGCGCCGAGUCCGGCAUCAGCGCCGGCGACGAGCACAUGAAAUAUGUCUGCCCCAUCUGCGAGGUCGUCUCGGCCACGCCCCACGAGUUCACCAAUCACAUUCGAUGCCACAACUAUGCCAACGGCGACACCGAGAACUUCACCUGCCGCAUCUGCUCCAAGGUACUCUCGUCAGCCUCCUCGCUGGACAGACACGUCCUGGUGCACACCGGGGAGCGGCCCUUCAACUGUCGCUAUUGCCACUUGACCUUCACGACAAAUGGCAACAUGCAUCGCCACAUGCGAACACACAAGCAACAUCAGCAACAGCAGCAGCAGCAGCAGCAGCAGCAACAGCAGCAGCAGCAGCCACAGCAACAGCAGCAGCAGCAACAGCAGCCACAGCAACAGCAGCAGCAACAGUUGCAGCGACAUAAGCAACAUUCGGCAGCUAAUCAGCGUGCCGAGAGCUAUGAAAGCGAUGCCAGUUGCUCCACGGAUAUAUCCAGCAGCAGCAGCAGUGCAGCCAGCAACAACAACAACAACAACAGUAGCCAAGCGAACAACAACAACAACAACAAUGAGGAGCAGCGACUGAAGCUAAAGACAAACAUCAACAACAACAACAUCAUAGUCAGCGACGAGCGAGCGCUGGACACAGACGCCGAUGGCGAGGGGGAGAGGGAUGGCAAUGGGGACGGGGAUGGGGAUGGAGAGGAGGCCGGCGAUGGGGAGAGCGUGGAUGUGACACAGAUGAUAACGAGCACACCGGACGUGGCCACAUUGCUGGCGACGUCGUCGGGCAACAGCAGCCCGAGGACGCUGGAGCCCGAGCUGGAGGCGCUGCCCAGCUGCCCCGCCUGCAAUGCCGGCGAGUUUCAGACGCUGGCCGCGCUGUACGCCCACUUGGAGGCGGAGCACGCCGAUAUACCCGCCAAGUGUCGCGAGUGCGAGGUGAUCUUUGCCACGCAGCGGCAGCUGCAGGCGCACAGCUGUCGGGGAUUGCAGUUGCCGCCGCUGCUGGGCGCCAGCUCGUCGCCGCUGCACAAGCAGGAGCCGGCUGAGGAGGAGGAGGAGUAUGAUGAAGAGCAGCAGCAGAUGCGCCUGCAGCAGCAGCAGCAGCGCGACGCUGAGCCGACGGCUGAGGAGGAGGAGGAGGAGAUGCGGCUGCAGGCGAACAGCGAGCGGGACGAGUUCUUUCAGCAGCUCUACCUCAAGGGCAAGUCGAGCGGCUCCUCGCUGCCGUCGCCCAUCAAGCACGAGCCAUCGGAGCAGCGCCAGGACCUGGCCGACAUACAGAGCAUCCUGCACAUGACCAGCUCCAGCUGCACGUCCAGUUUCCUGCGCAACUUCGAGCAGAACGUCAACACGCCCUGCUCCAGCCAGUACAGCCUGGAUGGGCGCGACGGCGAGGAGGAGGCCCAGGACGCCUUCACCAGCGAGUUCCGGCGCAUGAAGCUGCGCGGCGAGUUCCCCUGCAAGCUCUGCUCCGCCGUCUUUCCCAAUCUGCGCGCCCUCAAGGGCCACAAUCGCGUCCACCUGGCAGCCGUCGGCGCCGCCGGCCCCUUCCGCUGCAACAUGUGCCCCUACGCCGUCUGCGACAAGGCGGCUCUGGUGCGGCACAUGCGCACCCACAACGGCGACCGGCCGUACGAGUGCGCCGUCUGCAACUACGCCUUCACCACGAAGGCCAACUGCGAGCGCCACCUGCGCAAUCGGCACGGCAAGACGAGCCGCGAGGAGGUGAAGCGCGCGAUCGUCUAUCACCCGGCCGAGGAUGCCAGCUGCGAGGACAUCAAGCCCAAGAUGGAUCCCGAUCUGUCGGAGCUCAGCUUUCGCUCGCUCAGCCCGUCGCCCUCGACGACCAAUGUGGAGGCGAGCUCCCAGCUGAAGCACAUGUUGCUGGCAGAGCAGCCCAGCAAGCAGCAGCACCAGCAGCAGCAACAGCAGCAACAGCAGCAACAGCAGCAGCAGCAGCAGCAACCGUCGCAGCCUCCGUUGAAGAUUCAAGUGAAGAGCUUGGAUCAGCUGGUGGAGAAGCCGCUGGCACCUGCCAUGGAUCUCAGCAUGGAUGUGCUGGAUCUCAGCAAGAAGCCGCAACGCGAACAUGACCUACUCGUGCAGCAGCAACAGCAGCAGCAGCAACAGCAGCAGCAGCAGCAGCAACAACAGUUGCUCUUCAAUCCGGGCGAUGCAGCGACGCAGUAUAUGCAGCUGCUGCGCAACCUGAUGCUGCAGCAGUCGUCCGGCUUUCCGUUCUUUGGGCUGAUGGCGCCACCGCCGGCGGCUGCGCUGGAGAAGUCAGCGCCAGCGAUUGCAGUGCCAGCGACGCCGGCAACAGUUGCUGCCGUGCCGCAGCCUUUGGGCCUGCCCCUGCCCGGCAUGGGCGUGCCGGUGCCAGCGGCCGGGCCCGUCAAGAUGGUGAUCAAGAACGGCGUGCUGAUGCCCAAGCAGAAGCAGCGCCGCUACCGCACCGAGCGCCCCUUCGCCUGCGAGCACUGCUCGGCCAGGUUCACGCUGCGCUCCAACAUGGAGCGCCACGUCAAGCAGCAGCAUCCGCAGUUCUAUGCGCAGCGACAGCGCAGCGGGCACCACGUGAUGCGCGGCCGGGCGGCCAACUCGGGUGCGGCACAGGCAGCAGCAGCCGCGGCAGCAGCGGCGGCGGCAGCAGCAGCAGCCGCAGCAGCCAUGACCAAUCUGCACCAGCAGCAGCAGCAGCAACAGCAGCAGCAGCAGCAGCAGCAUCCGCCCAUAUCGGAGCAGGUGAAGUACGCGAUCUUGGCGCAGCAGUUGGCGCGCAAGGAUACGGACUUGCUGCAGCAGGCGCUGGCCCAUGGCUCCAGCAGCGUCGCCGUCAAUCCCUUGCUGCACUUUGGCUACAACAACAGCAGCAGCAGCAGCAGCAACGGUAACGGUGGCAACGGCAACGGUGGCAGCAGCAACAGCAAUGCCAAUGGCAGCAAUCAGACGCAGCAGCAGCAACAGUUGCCCGUGGAUGAUGAUGAGCCGCCCAAGCUGAUCAUAGACGAGGACGACGACGAUGAUUUCGAGGACAUAGACGAGGAGGAGGAGGAGGAGGAGGACGAAGAGCUAGACCAAGACGAACAGCAGCAGCAGCCGCAGCAGGAGCAGCAGCACGAGCAGCAGCCACAGCGCGUGGAGCAAGUGCAGCCAAUCGAAAUUGAUGCCAAAGAGGAGCCAGAGCCGCUCGCCGAGCCGGCCGAGUCGGCCGAGUCGAAGCCCAGUGGCGAGCCGAGCACAAUGAAGACAAUGAUCGCCCAGGCCGAGUCGGUGGCCAAGUCCCUGAAGGAGGUGGCCAGCUCGCCGUUCAAGGAUGAAUCUCAGGAUCUGGUGCCGGUAGCGAAGCUGGUGGACAAUGCCACCAGCAACCAGGUGUCGUUCAACAGCUACUUCCGGCCCAGCGACGUGGCCAACCACAUGGAGCAGAGCGACGAGGAGGGCCUCGUCGCCUCCGGCAGCGCCAGCGAGAGCAACAACUCCGGCACCGAGGACGUCACCAGCAGCAGCAGCUGCAGCGAGCCGAAGAAGAAGUCCGCCUACAGCCUGGCGCCCAAUCGCGUCAGCUGCCCGUACUGCCAGCGCAUGUUCCCCUGGAGCAGCUCGCUGCGCCGCCACAUUCUCACCCACACGGGCCAGAAGCCGUUCAAGUGCUCCCACUGCCCGCUGCUGUUCACCACGAAGAGCAACUGCGACCGGCAUCUGCUGCGCAAGCACGGCAACGUCGAGUCCGCCAUGUCCGUCUACGUGCCCACCGAGGACGUCAGCGAGCCGAUACCCGUGCCCAAGUCCGUCGAGGAGAUCGAGCUGGAGGAGCAGCGCCGCCGCAAGGCCGCCGAGCAGGAGCGCCAGCUGGAGCUGGAGCGCGAGCGGGAGCGCGAACGCGAACUGGAGCGGGAGCGUGAGCUGGAGCGCGAGCGCAAGCAGCAGCAGCUCAUCCAGCAGCUAACGGCGGCGGCACAGCUCAGCCAGCAAAUGGUGGCCGCCGCUCAGGCAGCUCAGGCAGCUCAGGUCGCUGCCGCCGCAGCAGCCACCAGCAGCGGCGCCGUCGCCGCCGCCGAGGCCAAUGGCAGCGAGCUGCCGUACAAGUGUCACCUGUGCGAGUACUCGUUCGGCGAGCGGAUGCAGUGCCUGGACCACAUCAAGCAGCAGCACGCCCAGGAGUUUGCGCUGCUGCUGGCCAAGGGCGCCAUCGAGACGGAGCAGGAGGUGGCAGCCACAGCAGCCACAGCCACAGCCACAGCAGCAGCCACAGCGAAUGCUGCCUCUGCUGCCGUCUCGGAGGACGAGUCCAGCACGGGACGCAGCUCUGGCAAAUAUCCGGACUACAGCAAUCGCAAGGUGAUCUGCGCCUUCUGCGUGCGUCGCUUCUGGUCCACGGAGGAUCUGCGCCGUCACAUGCGCACCCACUCGGGCGAGCGUCCGUUCCAGUGCGACAUCUGCUUGCGCAAGUUCACGCUCAAGCACAGCAUGCUCCGGCACAUGAAGAAGCACAGCGGACAUAGCCACAAUGGCGAGCCGGGCGCCUCCGAUUGCUCCGACGAUGAGCAAAUGGCCACGCCGCCCACAACACCAACGCCUACGGCCAUGCCCAUGCCUAUGCCCAUGCCAAUGCCCAGCAACAACAACAACAACAACAACAACACUUGCCACAACAACAAUAACAACAACAACAAGAGCGUACGUCUGCCCAAGCUGCACGAGCUGCUGGACAAGGCGAACGAGUGGCGCGUCAGUCGCCUGGGCGAGCACAAGGAAAACAUUGCCGAAUCCUCAGCGCCCGCAACAGCAGCCGCUGUGGGCGUGGCCAGCGGUGAUUUCCUGGGCAAUCUGCUGGGCAUCACCGACCAGGGCAUACUCAACAAGCUGCUCAGCUCGCCCGACGAGGCGGCCAAGCUGCUGGGCGUCGAGAAGUGAAGAGGCCGCCGAGGGGAGACUGCAAACUCGACAAAGGCAAAAGGUCAACAAGGACAAAAGAGGCCAACAAAGACGUAAGGGUCGCAUAGACCAAAUGAGAGGUUCACAAACAAUUAGUUCACAAUAGCAAACAGAAACAAGUUGAAAGGGAGUUAGGGCAAAAGCCUCUAAGCCAGCUCAGUAGUCCUAGUCUAGUAACAAAAACAAAAAAAAACAAAAAAAAAAACAAAAAAAAAAACAAAAAAACAAAAAA